AUGACGUUCGGAGGAGAAAGCCGCAACUAUUGGCAAAGGAGGAACGAAAGAUCAUGGAAGAGUUUUUGCAACACUUCAGCAGAAUCUGAAAGGCAUCACCAAGCCAGACCUCAGGCGUCUUGCCAGGAGGGCAGGCGUUCACCGCAUGGCCGCUGCCAUCAAUGA